CUUUAUAGCAUGUUUUUUCGCAUCCAAGAAUUAAACCCACCUUCUUUACAAAUGUUCUUUGUUUGCAAAAAGCAGUACUCCGAUCCUCUGUUGGCUGCUGUUUUUUAAUUUAUUUAUUUUAAAAAAAGAAAAAAGAAAUCCCUAUAAAUAGAGCUGCAAGAUAACUCAAUUUUCAGGCAAGUUUUGAACUUACAAUAUUUUUCUUGCCUAGUCAAAUUUCAUAUAAUUACUUUUCCCAUUUCUUGGAAAAAAAAAAAAACAAACAGGAAAUGGAGAAGGUAGUGAAACUUGCUUCUGAGAAUGGGAUCCUGAUCUUCAGCAAAAGCACUUGCUGCUUGUGCUAUGCAGUUCAGAUGUUAUUCAAAGAACUGGGAGCAAACCCUAGUAUUUACGAAAUCGACCAUGAUCCCGCUGAGGGAAAGGAUAUUGAGAAGGCACUCAUGAGGAUGGGCUGCAGCGGCCCACUGCCGGCGGUUUUCGUCUCCGGCAAGUUGGUGGGGUCCACAAAUGAGGUCAUGUCCCUCCACCUCAGUGGCUCCCUCAUUCCCCUCCUCAAGCCAUAUCAGCCAAAUAUGUCUUGAAAUAUAUAUAUAUAUAUCUUCAUAUUAUUAAGAUUUGGUUACGAAUUAUAAUUUCCGGGGCUCUAUACUUGGAAAGUACGUAGUUGUUUGUUUUAAUGUAACAAACUAAGUGGUUUGUUUUUAGCUACACCCGGUGAAUUUCACUGGGUAUAAAUCUCACCAUACCUUUAUUUAAUUACACACAUUCACACGUAUGUGUGUGUGUGUGUGAUUGUUUGUAAAUGUUUCUGGUGAGAUAUUAUCUGACCGGUGUAAUUCACCUGGCGUAGCAUAGAUAAGACAUGUAGCAAGUAUGUCAUAACGUGUGUAAUCCAUAGGCUUAUUGUAAUUUAUAGGCUUAUUAUUAGUAGCUAGCUUUGAUUUAGCAUGAUCUUAGCAGUGUAGCUUACCUAUAUGUGUUGUAUUUGCUAUUCCCUAAUGAAGUUUAGUUUUUUUAAUUA